AUGAACUCAACUGCUGGAGUGGCCGUGAUCGCAUUUUUUCUGGUGCUUUGCAAGCCGGGAUUUGCGAGACUUUUGGAACCAAAUUGUGGCAUAAACGUCGAUGGUCCCAGUUAUGGGACAAGAAUUAUCGGUGGCAGCGAUGCUCACAUUACUGCCCAUCCAUGGAUGGCCUUUCUGCACUUCAAUUCUAAAGUUUUCUGCGGUGGAACUCUAAUCACUCGUCAAUUCGUCCUGACUGCCGCCCAUUGUAUUGAGGGGGUACCACAAUUUACUGUUCGACUUGGAGGAACGGAUUUAAGUCCCAGCAGUAGUGGGUUGAUGUGUGAACUGCCAGCUGAGGAUUACUUGGUGGAACACGCCAUCAAACACAAAUACUUUACAGCUGAUAUCGGUUUAAACGAUAUCGGAAUUCUCCGACUAGGCAAACUAGUGACUUACAACGUUCAUAUUAGGCCGAUCUGUAUUGUCCUGGACCCAGCGAUGGAAUUGCUGGUCCGGGACAAUAUAUCGCUCGUGGCCACCGGUUGGGGCAAAACGGACUCGGGAAGGGUGGCCGCCCGCCUCCAGGAGGCCCCCAUCCUGGUGGUGGACAGGGACAUCUGCACCGAGCGGUACAAGUUCCCGCUCAGCGAAAACCAAAUCUGCGCCGGCGGAAAAGAGACGAACACUUGCUUGGGCGACUCCGGCGGACCGCUGGGCGGCAUUGUGAAUGUCUACGGAACGCUGCGGUUUGUCCAGUACGGAAUCACCAGUUAUGGAGACAGGGAGUGCAGGGCUCCGAGUACCUACACUGAUGUGACCAGGUACUACGAGUGGAUUGAAUUGGUGGUCGACAAAUAUAGCAGAUAAAGAAAUCUAUAAGAUAACCCUUUUUGGUUCUUCAAUUUUUACCAAGUUGUUGAAUAAAAGUC